GGCUCCUCUACCUCAAACGACGUGACCGACAACAACGGCUGCAAAAAGCUCACCUUCAUCUUCGCCCGCGGCACCACCGAGAUGGGCAACAUGGGCAGCGUCGUCGGCCCCAAGGUCGGGCAGGAACUGAACUCCCUCACCAACAACGGAUGCGCCGUUCAGGGCGUCGACUACCCUGCUGACGCUGCUGGAAACGCAAACAUGGGCGCCUCCGGUGGUCCAAAGAUGGCCGAGCUGGUACAGACCGCAAAGAAGCAGUGCCCGGACACCAAGAUCGUGCUUGGCGGGUACUCGCAGGGCGCCAUGGUUGUGCACAACGCGGACAAGAAGCUCGAGUCUGGCCAGGUCGUUGGGGCUGUUACCUUUGGUGAUCCCUUCAAGGCGCAGAAGCCUAGCAACAUUGAGCAGUUCAAGACGUUCUGUGCUAGCGGCGACCCUGUUUGCCUCGAUGGCGGCAAUUUCAUGGCUCAUGUGAGCUAUGGUGGCGAUGCGAAGGAGGCGGCACAGUUCCUUGCGAAGGCUGCUGGGUUUUAA